UGUAUGGGUCAACAAUGUUUGAAAUAAACAAGCGAGGACAAGACAAAGGGACUUAAAAGGUUGACGAAUAGGAAAUUGUAUGGACUGAUGUGAGGCCGUGUUCUCACGAGAAGCUUAGCCAUGAUAGCUCUGUUAUAUGAUAGAAUCCCAUUAGCACGUAAAAUCCAAAUAUCUCUUCAUUGGACAGGGAAGCCAUGGGAAAAACUGUCACUGUUGUUGAGAUUCUUGGCAUGCUCAUUCUAUCUCAAAGCCUUUUCUUCAGUUGCAUUGGGGGUGAUUCGAAUGGAAGUUGUAUCAAAUAUGAAAGGGACGCUCUUCUCACCUUCAAGGCAGGCUUGGUAAGCAACUCAAUCUCUUUGUCAUCGUGGUCAGGAGACGAUUGCUGCAGAUGGGAGGGAGUCAGUUGUCACAACAUUACUGGUCAUGUUAUUAAGCUCGACCUUUUCUCUAAUUUCUUAACAGGAAAGAUUUCCCCUUAUCUUGGAAAUCUUUCAAACUUGCAAUAUCUUCACCUCGGUGGCAAUAGAUUGACAACUGACAACCUCCAUUUUGUAGCUUUUCUUUCUUCCCUGAAAUACUUUAACAUGGAGGGUGUGGCUUUCGUUGACAAGCACGAAAAUUGGUUACAAUCAGUAAACAUGAUUCCUUCUCUAGUAGAUUUUUCUUUGCAUGAUUGUGGACUUUAUAACAGUGGUCACGUUUCGCACUUCAAUCUCACAUCUCUUGAGGUUCUCAAUCUCCGUUACAACAAAUUCCAUUCCACAAUCCCCAGCUGGUUCUCUAAUAUUACCAACGUUCAGCAUCUUGAUCUUAGUGGGAACUUUUUUCGAGGGUCUCUUCCAAAUGAGAUUGGUGAUCUUAAUUCGCUUGCUUUCCUUGAUGUGUCUGUGAAUUCUCUGGAGGGUAAUCUGCCUAUAACGUUUGGAAAGCUUUGCAAUUUGCGUGAGCUCUACAUGGAAUCCAACAAUUUCAGCGGUGAGAUUUUUGGACCUUUAGGCGACUCACAGAGUUGCAUUCAGAAUAAUUUAGUGUAUUUGGAUAUUUUCAAUAAUUCAUUUUCUGGUAUUCUUCCAAAUAACUUGGGAGAGUUUAAAAGCCUAGAGCUUCUUAAUCUUUGUAAAAACGCUUUUUCGGGUCCAAUUCCUGUGUCAAUUGGCCAGCUUUCCAAUCUAAAGCUUCUUGAUCUUUCUUACAAUACUCUUCGGGGUCCAAUUCCAGUGUCAGUAGGACAACUUCAGAACCUUUCAACUUUAGAUGUCGUCAAUAAUUCACUGGAUGGGAUAGUGUCCGAACUUCAUUUCUCAAAACUCAAGAGGUUGAGGUUUUUGAGGAUGAGUAAGAAUUCAUUAGUUUUUGAUAUUGGCCCCAACUGGGUGGCCCCUUUCCAACUUGUGUCGAUUAGGUUAUCAUCCUGCAAAUUAGGACCCCAGUUUCCACAAUGGCUCAAAAGACAAGAGCAUAUCGAAACGUUAAUGAUGUCGGAUGCAAGCAUCUCAGACAGCAUGCCUGAUUGGUUUGGAAACAUUUCCUCCUCUUUCAUGGUAUUGGAUCUAUCCCAUAAUCAAAUUUUUGGAACCCUGCCAAAGUUGGAAAAAUUCAGUGAAUAUGGAUAUAGUACCAUAUUGUUAAAUUCAAACAAGUUUGAGGGUCCUGUUAUUGAUUUUCCUUCUGAUGCAACCGUGUUGGAUAUCUCUGACAACUUGCUUCACGGCCAGAUUCCUGAGAUGAUUGGCAAGAGAAUGCCACGAUUGGAAUUUUUAAUGAUCUCCAACAACCAUUUGAAUGGUACCAUUCCAGUUUCUUUAUGCAGGAUGGAGAGUUUGACUGUUCUUGAUCUCUCAAAAAAUCAGCUGUCAGGAGAACUUCCCCAUUGUUGGAGAAAUUUGCAAGCUUUACAUCUCAUCGAUCUGUCAAAUAAUAUGCUGAGUGGCGACGUUCCAAUUUCUUUGGGUUCCAUAAAGCAGCUCCUGUCCCUACAUUUGCAAAACAAUAGUCUGCAUGGAGAGAUCCCCAUGUCACUCAAGAACCUCAAAGACUUGCAGUUUCUUGAUCUCAGUAUGAAUGCUUUUGCUGGUGUUUUUCCUCCAUGGAUAGGUGAGAGCUUAUCUUCACUGACAAUACUAAGCCUUCACUCCAAUAAGUUGAAAGGUGAGAUCCCUUUGCAGCUUUGCUACCUUUUUUCUCUUCGCAUAUUGAACUUGGCGGACAAUAUGAUGGAAGGAAGCAUUCCUGCUUGUUUUGGAAAUUUCACAGCAAUGGUUGUUUAUGAAAAGGAAAGAGAAUACUGGGUCUAUAGCACUCAGGGUUAUACUGAAUCCAAUAAUGGCGAUUAUGAUGAGAAGCUUGUGGUUUUUCUCAAGGGAAGAGAGCUUGAAUACACUCGUACACUUCAAUUUCUCCGUUCAAUUGAUCUUUCAGGAAAUAAUUUUGUUGGAGAGAUUCCAAAACAGCUAUUUAAUCUUUCAAGUCUGCAAAACUUGAAUUUAUCCAGGAACAGGUUAGAUGGUCAUAUACCCUGGAACAUUGGCGACUUGAAUAUGAUCGAGUCACUUGAUUUGUCUGAAAAUGAUCUUUCUGGCUCUAUUCCUCCUGCCAUUUCUCAUCUAAACUUUUUGAGUCACUUGAAUUUGUCAUUCAAUAACUUAUCCGGCCGAAUUCCUACUGGAAAUCAACUCCAAACUUUGGAUGAUAAAUCCAUCUACAUGGGCAACAAUGGACUCUGUGGCCCUCCCCUACAAGGUUGUCCAGGGGACGAAGGUAAAUUUCCUACACAAGCUGAGAAUACGAGGAAGGACAAUAUUAUUGACAUGCCAUGGUUCUCUAGUGGUCUGGGAAUGGGUUUCGUGACAGGAUAUGUUGGAGUUUGUAGCAUUUUGUAUUUCAAGAAGUCUUGGAGAUAUGCAUGGUUUCAGUUAGUUGACAGAGUCUAUGAUAAGAUCUGGGUAGCUGUUGCAAUUAAAGCAAAUCAGCUAAAGAGGAUGUUUCAGAUAUGCAAAUUUGAGGAAAGUGCAUAACAAGGGUGGAAGGUUGCUGGACUGUGGCAGAUGUGGCAAAAUUAAAUAAAGAUCUUAUUUUCUUA